AUGAAGAACCCCUUCGCCCGGUCCUCACGGAAUGGUGAUGAUGGCCCAUCAGAAAUAUAUGGAUAUCGUAUCUACAUGGUCGCAUUGUCGGCAACAUGGGCGUCCGCUAUGUAUGGCUAUGACUCUGCUUUCAUCGGAGGAACACUAGAGCUUCCGGCCUUCAAAACUUCUUUCGGUCUGAAUGAGAACGAUUCAACCUCUCUUUCAUCUAAUGUUGUGUCGAUGUUCCAAGCGGGUGCGUUCUUCGGUGCCAUCUGCGGAUUCUUCUUCGCCGAGUAUUUCGGUCGCAAGCCUGUCAUUCUGGGCUCCGGUGUUAUUUUUGCUAUCGGUGCCGCUAUUCAACUGGUUGGGAAAAUAUCGGCGCUCUAUGUUGGUCGAAUUUUCACUGGGCUGGGGAUAGGAUCGCACUCGUUUUCGGAUUUUGGGUCAAUUACGGCGUCAACACGAACAUUUCGAGCACAAGCGCAACACAGUGGAGAAUUCCGCCCGCGCUGGCUUGCCAGCAAGAAUCAAAUUGUCAAAGCCCAAAAGAAUCUAGCCUGGGUCCGUCAUCUCCCAGUGGACCACUCCUAUGUGGUCAAUGAGUUGGCUGAGAUACAAGCUGCUGUCUGUCAAGAACUUGAGCUUAGCGGAGAACAACGUACUUUGGUCCAAAUUCUGCAUGAAUGUGCUGCUCCUGGUGUUCGGAACCGAAUCCUUAUCGCAGUUAUGUUGAUGCUUCUACAAAAUCUUACCGGAAUCAAUGCUAUCAAUUACUAUAGCCCUACUAUAUUUCGCUCGAUUGGGUUCACCGGGACUUCUGUGGGACUGCUAGCCACUGGAGUUUAUGGGAUAGUGAAGAUGGCCACGACGGCUGUUUUCAUGAUUUGGAUUGUAGAUCGUUUUGGACGUCGUGGGCCUUUGCUUGUGGGUGCAGUUGGCGCUGGGGUGGCCAUGUUCUACUUGGCCAUCUAUUCCCAACUCAGCGAUUCCUUCGACCGCGUUCCACCUAGCAAUUCCGGGUCUCAGGCUGCGGUUGCAAUGAUCUACAUUUAUGCAAUAUUCUACGGGUUUUCUUGGAAUGGCAUCCCCUGGAUCUUUGCAUCGGAAGUCCUUCCCACGCGUGUGCGGACCAUCGGCAUGAUGUGCGCUGUGUGCAUGCAAUGGUUAGCCCAAUUCAUUAUUGUCUACUCGCUGCCCUACAUGGUGGCAUCUAUCAAGUACGGUACGUUCUAUUUCUUCGGAUCAUGCACCGUUGUUGCUUUGGUAUUUGCAUACCUAUUUGUUCCUGAAACAAAGGGGGUGUCUAUGGAGGAUAUGGGCGUUUUGUUCGGACCAGAUGUUAGUAUCUUGGCCGUCAAAGCCCAAGAGAAUUACCAGGAAUUCCGAAGAUCGACGGCAAUGGCAGCUACAGAGGCCCAACAGGAGAAACAGGGUGGCCUUCAUGUGGAGAAUGCGUGA